UUCAAUAAAUUCAAUUCAAUUCAAUUAUUAAGUUUAUCUGCCAAUCAUCUCUGGUUGGCUUUGCAGCAUCGUAAGAGCAAAAAUAACAUUUCGAAAUGGAUUAAACGAACGAGGAGCCGGAUUUUAGCCAGGUGGAGGUGUGGGACCCUCUCCCGAAUUACACAAAUGUCACACAAAUUGCAUCGUUUUUUGCUCCCACUUCAGGUCCAGGAAACGGUGCACGGCGUCACCACCGAAGAGUGUAAAGCCGCCCUGCAAAAUCACAGCUGGAACGUGCAGAAGGCUAUCCAAUAUCUGAAGGUUGAGCAGCUCUUUUGCCUGGGACUGAAGACACGCCUGGAAUGUCACAAAGUCCUGGAGAUGUUCCACUGGAACCUGGAGCAGGCCAGUUCUCACCUGCUGGACCCCUACAACGCUUCCCAACUCAAGCGGUGAAUAGUAUCCGUCUUCUCAAGCAAUUGACCCUUGGGGGAUGCCCAGAAUUGGUGACUGUCUUCCAACCCUAUUGGACCAAGAGUCGCUUGGCAGGCCGUGGAUGAUGGAUCCCAGAGAAGCCACCCUGUAGCUAGGACUGCUGUGAAACAGCCAGCAGGGUCCCGCUGCCUCCCACCUCCCGCCUCCCUCUCAGCCGGUGACUGUAACCCCUCCCCUCCUUCGCGGAGGCAGGCUGAGUGACUCGCCUUCUCCUGCUUCCGCUAGUAUUCUCGCUGCUGGAUUCCUUUUGUAAAGAGAAGUGUUAACAUUAAUAUAUAAAUACUCUGUUCUAUUUUGGAGAA